GCAAGCUGUUGGUCUCCUUUACGGCGCACAGUGGUCCCCUGUGACAGCCAGCGCCCGUCAGCAGCCACCUGACAUAUCAGGCUCUGCAGCUGCCAGCUUUAACCGCACCGCGUUCGCCUACGGCCGCCAAAAAACCGGUUCUGGCACCACUGAAACCGUCGGCGCAAAAAGCUGCGCGUCGCCGAAAAAUUCCCAAGAACGCCUGCAACACUGUAAGCGAACCACAAACGCCUGCGAGCCGGUAGAAAACCAUGCCCGAGUUCACCCCGCGCUCGAUGCGCGCCCGCGCCCACGCUCGCAAGCCGCUGGGCGCGCUGAGCCCCAACGUCGCGGCGCCCUCGGGCGCGCAAAAGCCGCCACGCGCGGUGCACCCGUCGGUCGCCCGCGUCAUCGGCGCGAGCUCCAUCGGGGCGACGCCGUCGCGCGAGCACACGAAGCCCCGCAUCGUCGGCGCCGCCGUGCCCGCGGCGCAAGAGGCGCCGGCACCGCACGUGCCGGCGCCGCGCAACUUCGGCGCCCGUGGCGCGCGGAAGGUGCGCACGUCGUCGCAGCCACCGCCGCCGGUGCCGGGCGCCCGCCGCGCGUCGUCGCUGCCGCCGGACUACGCUUCCGAGCAGCCGUCGAUCGCGGGCCUCGCGGGCACGCCGAUCUACGACGAGCUCGCGCAACAAGAACGCACGCGCCGCGCUCUGUCCGUGGCGCUCUACGCCGCGCAGUCGGAAGGCCGGCGCUUGGCCGCGUUGGCGCGCUCGCCGCGAGCGGAAAAGCCGACGCGACCGCCGCUUGACGAAGACACUGACGCGCCGGACUCGCCGGCGCUCGCCGACCUGCUGCGCGUCGCGGACGGAUGGGCCGGGUCGCGGCGCUCCACAAGUGUCCCACCGACACCUAACCCCGCGGCGCCGCUCACGCCGGUGUCCGAGUUGACGCCUAUUCGCGCCGCCGCCGUCGCCACGCCGGGCACACUGCACCGGCUCAUUGCACGGCUUGACGAACCGUGCCCGGCGGCGCUCGCGCGCCAGGCGGCCGCCGCCAAGCUGCGCGAGGAGUCGUGCCCCUCGCGACUCCUCGUGGAGAUCGGGCACCCUUCUCCCGCGGUGCACGAGAUGCCGGACUCGCCGCUCGACGAGGCGGCGACGGAGACGCUCCUCGCGGAGCUCGACGCGGCGACGUCGACGAGCACCCAUCCGCUCCUCGUGGAGGAACCCGCCCCGGCCGCCGCCGCGGGCAAGUCUUGGACGCGCUCUGUCGCGCUGCCCCUGUUCGUCCUGGCUGCCGCCGUGGGCCACGGUGUGCCAGCGCUGCGUGGCACCGCACCGUCGCCGGCUGUUGUCAACGCGACGUACGGCUACGCUGAGCCGGCGGUCGCGGAGCCGGCAGUCGAGCCGUCAUCGCCGGCGGAGCCGGCGGUCGAGCCGCCGUCGCCGGCCGUCGUCGCUCUCCGGGCGUUCGUCGACGCGACGCCGCGGCGAUGCGCCUCCGCGCCGAGUGCACCCUCGUGCCGCACGGACAACCUGCCCGACAUGCCCCUCGGCGCGUGGUUCCGCGCGGCGCACUGAGUCCGGGACGAAGCCCGGCUCCCUGUUUCUAUGAUUGUGCUCCCCGGUAGCGAAGAUCCCGCGGUGUAAAAUUAAAUAACCAAAUAAGCA